GACAACGAACCAGAGCAGACAGAGUGAGAGACAAGGCAGCUAGAUGUCGCGAUGACCCAACCUUGCGAGUCGAGAGAUGGCGACGACCCAACUUUAUGAGUCCAGCGACAGCCUGAUGUCGCGAUUUUGAAACCAGAGUGAACCAGAGAGAUCGCGACUCAGAGCACCGAGAGAGAUCACAAACCAAUUGCUAGGGUUUUCGCGAAUUGGUCACGAGGAGACGAAGCAACCAGAUGGAUCUCUUGAACCAACCGAAGCAGACGACCCAACCAGACGGAUCGAACGAAUCAGAUGAAUCAAACAACUCAAUGAUUUACAAUGAACAGAAGUGACGAACAUAUGAGAUGAACCAAUAUGCUGAAUCACAACGAAUCAGUGUGGGUAAUCUUAAGCGGACCAAAGAUCAUAACCAAAGAAACUCUGAUACCAUGAGGAGUAUGUGUCCAUGAUAUGUUCAAAGUUGCUGUCACUAAAGACAAAAGCCCAGCGGACCCUGGUUAGUUCUUCACCAUCAGGACCUGCCUAUACCGUUGAAAAUUCUGCACAUCAAGCAUCUGACAAGCCUCUGGCCCGGCUGUGUGGUCAAAGACAAUCACCCUCUAAUCCAUUGGCCAGUCAUCCUGAAGCAUCUAAGCAGCUGUUAUUCCAGGAAUUUCAAAAUUGUAUUGCUUCUAUUGUACAAAGUUCUGCCAAUUCAACAUUGACAGUGACUACUGCCACUAAUUCUACUAGGAUUCCUAUGACCAACGUUAACAAGAAUCCAAACUUGGAGACGGCUAUUUCACAGAGGCAGGUGCAGGGAAGGCAAUGUGUGCUUUCGGUUGUUCCUCAACCAGAUCAGCAGCAUGUUCAGAAUGCAGAGAAAUAUCCUUACAAGCAGAAAUUAGAAGAUCAGCUUCUGAAGCAGAGCUUCAAUCAGGGAAAUAUCAUUCACUCAGAUAUGCAAACUGAGAUCCAGCAAGGGGAACAGAAGCACAUUAUCUCAUCACCAUCACAGCAAUCUGUCAUUGUAGCAUCUUCUGUUAUGCAGCCUUCUGUGAUGCAAUCAGCCCCAUCACAUCGUCUUCAGCAGAAUCCAGAGUCUUCUGUUCAACUGCCAAUGCAAUCUGGACUACAGCAACAUCCGCAGUCAAUCUCCGAAAAGCAACAGCUGCAACAGAGUCCUGUUAUGCAUCAAGGAACGCACAAGCUGCAGCAACCGAUAUUGCCAUUACAGGAUCAACAGCAGCAGCAGUUGCCAAAUGCUACUAACAUGCACGAUCAGUUGAAUGGCCAUCAAAAUGCUGUCUCUGACAUGCAGCACCAGCAGCAAUUAUUUGGCCAGAACAACCAUUCAAGUAGAAAUCUGCAACACUUGAGCAAACAAAGUAAUGCUUCUAGUUUGAACGGACAAUCUAGCAACUCUAGCAUGCACAACGAUCAGGACAACAAACAUAUGUGGUUACAAGCUGAGAUUGAAUUGCAGCAGCAAACCCAGCAGACAAAUUCAGCUUUACUACCAACUGAAGGGCAGUCACAACCACCGAAACAGCAAUUGACGUCUCAGAUACAGGCGCAGCUGGCAAAGUCAUUACAGCAAGAUAUGCAGCAAACUCUUCAAACAUCAGGGUCCUUGCGUCAGCCACAUCUGUUUGAGCAGCAAAAACUGUCAUCUGAAAUCCAAAGUAGCAUUCCAGUUGUGUCAUCAAUGGCUCUAGAUUAUACUUCCCAGGCAAGACACACGAGUGGAGAUGAUUGGAAAGAGGAACUCCACGGAAAGAUUAAAACUAUGAAGGAUUUAUAUUUACCUGAACUGGAAGAACUGAAAGAAAAGAUUUCCAUAAAAUUACACCAGAUUGAUACCAUUCCACAACACCCAAAGAUGGCUGAUUAUGAGAAGCUUAAAUUAGCAGAGAGUUUAAGGAAGAAAGCCUUUGUUUUCCUACACAUGCCCAAAUCUGAGAUCUCACCAGAUGUGAAAAGAAAGUUGGGUGGGUAUGAGAAAUUGAUAAAUAAUCUUCUCCGACUACAUAAAUCCCCAAGGUCCAUUUCCUCAUUGCGGCAAGAACAAUUUCCCACCCGUGAUGUGCAAUCCUUGCAGCAGCCUUUGCAGCCACAAUUUCAAAAUGCUAAACUGCAGUCAACUGGGAACCUAACUAAUCCCCAUUUGCAAUCAAUGAACUCACAUCACAAUGAAACAGCUAUGGAAAAGAACAAUGUGACAAGCUUGACAAAUGCUUCAACAAUUUCAUCUGAGGUACCAACUUCACAGCAGAACAUGAUGAAUUUACAACAGCUUAGUACCAAUUCUAAUUCAGAACAAGAAAAUUUGGUUAGUUUAUUGUCAAAAAAAUGGCACACCAAUUGCUGAAAGCUCACAAAGUUGCAGCUC